GACGACUUUAAAUGGCGAAAAUAACAAAAAUGCUGGUUCUGCGUUCUUUCCUGACGUUGCUGGUGGCGCUCUCCGCGCCAGUUGCCUUCGCAGAAGCAGUCGUCCCGUCACCACCCGAUGUCAAAAGCAACCACCCGAUGGCUAGCAUCGAAGAAACCGCCAAGAAGGAGACGUGCGCACGCAGAAUCGACCUUGUGGUGAUUGGAAGUUCUUCGGCCUUCGCUAAAAAGGCGCACUUCCCCUCUCUAGGGGACCUGCCUUCAUGCUUUCGCAUCGUUGGUAACUGGACUCGUAGAUCCUUCUGCACUACCCAAGGAGUAGGAGUGGACGAGGAUGAAGGCAAAAAGUGUUUGACGAAUGAUAGGAGGUAUGACAAAGCAGCAGCACCAGUGCAGUCGGCAGAUUCGCAUGCUUCCUCGCAGCACGAGAGGACGGACGUAGCCCCCGCAGUUGAGAAUAUAGAACAAGAAGAUGAACUUGACUGGACAAACCAUUUUGCUAGGAAUUCAACACGACGCUCUGAUGAGACCGCUGGCAAUGAGAAGAUGGCAUUAUGGUCAGCAGAAACUGGAGUUCAUACCACAGCAGAUGUUGAAGACUCAGAG